AUGGUGUUGGAAAUUUUGAAAAAUAAUUUUGAAAGAAAAGGGGAAAAUUAUUACAAUAAAAAAAUUCAUAAUAAUUCCAGUAAGUACAAAAAGAAAAAAAAAAAAUUUUUUUUGUUAGAAGAAGACAGUGAAAAGGAUAGUAGGAAUGUAGAAAGUGGAAUUAAUGAAGAAUCAUAUAACAUAUAUGAAUUAUAUGAAAAUAUGUCAAAUAAAAACAAAAAAAAUUUGGAUUAUUCUUUUCCGAAGCUUAACAAAAAUGGAUCUAUAACUAAAUGCAAAAUUGGAGAGUUAUAUAAAAAUUCAAAAGAAAAUCUUCAUUAUGGUACAAACGAAAAUGAUAUUUUCACUGAUGAUAUAUACGAAAACGAUAAUUUUGAUGAUGAUAAUUUUGUUGAGGAUGAAAAUAUAGAAUAUAAAACGUACAAUUCUUAUGCAAAUCCAGAAUCUAAAUUAUUUAAUAAUUAUUCAAGUAUAAACAUAAAAAAAAUGAUUGAGCGCGAUAAGAGAUGUAAUAAACCCGAAAAUAUAUUGUAUAAUAAAUAUAGUUACAGUAGUAAUUAUGAUAAAAAAAAUAUAAGUAAGUGUGAUUCAAACAUAAUAAGAAUUUUAAAGAAUAAGAAGAAAAGUAUUGAAUAUAAAAAAAAAAAUGAUAAUCAUCAAAAAAAAAAUAUUUCGUACAACUAUAAUGGGAAUGUUAGAUAUAAUCAAGAUAAUUAUAAAAAUUAUAAUGAUAAUGAUGAAGAAAAUAGUAAUUAUGAAUACGAUGGUGAUGGCGAUGGAAAUUAUUAUAAUUAUGAAAGUGAGGAUAAAGAUACUGAUGAUGAAGGUGCUGAUAAUGUUGAUGUUGAUGCUGAUGAUGAUGACGAUGAUGAUGAUGAUGAUGAUGAUGAUGAUGAUGAUGAUGAUGAUGAUGAUGAUGAUGAUGAUGAUGAUGAUGAUGAUGAUGAUGGUGAUGGUGAUGGUGAUGAUGAUGAUGAUAAUGGUAAUGAUGAUGUUGAUGAUGAUGAUGGUAAUGAUGAUGAUGCUGAUGAAGAUGCUGAUGAUGAAUAUGAAGACGAAGAUGACAAUGAAAAUGGAGAUAAUGGAGAAGAAAAAAGAAUAAAUGAAUUAAAAUUUGUUAAAAAAAUUAAAGAGAAAGAUGAAAACGAUGAAUAUGAAGAAGAUGCAUUUGAGGAAGACGAUAAUAGCAUUGAAGAAGAGGAAUAUUUAGGAGAUGAGGAAGAAGAAGGAUAUAAAAAAGAAAAGGAUAAAAAUAGAGAUAAUUAUGAUAUUGAAGAGGAAAAAGAAGAAUAUGAUGAUAUAAUAAGAAAGAAAGGAGACGAAGAAAAAGGAAAAAAGAAGAAAAAAGUAAAUGAAUUCUUAGAAGGUUAUAAUAAUAAAAAUAAUAAUGAAAAUAAAAAAAAAUACAAUAAUAUAAAAAAUAUUAACGAAAAUAGACAUAAAUUAAUAAAUGAAUCUAAGGAAGAAUAUCAAAGUUCAAAAAAAAGAGAUGGAUAUUUUGAAAAACAAUUUAUACCUGAUAAAAGAGAAGAAAAUGAAUCAAUAGUUCCAUAUGACAUUUUAAAUGACGAAAUAAAUAAUAAAAAUUAUGAAUUUAAAGUUAUGAACUAUAAAAAAGAGUGUCAAGAAGACAAUUAUAAGAAAAAAAAAAUAAAAAAAAAUCAAGAGUUAUUAAAAUUAUAUAUUGAUGAAAAUAAUAGCGAAAUCGAUUUAACCGAAAAUAUUUUAUCAAACUCAAAAAACAUUGGCAUAGAGAAUAAAACAAAAAAUGAUGUUUUUAGCUCUGAUAAUUUUAAAUUUAAUUAUAAUAAAAAGAUAUAUCAAUCUAUGAAUAAAAGUGAUAAAAUGAUUAAGGAUAAUAACAGUGAUAAUACUAUUAAUAAAAAGUUAAAUUGUAAACAAAAAGAAAUAAUAAAUAAUAUUGACUAUGAGGGAAAUUCGUUAUAUAAAAAUACACAUGAGGAUAGUGGUGAUAUAUUAAAUAGAAAAAACGAUGAUUUAAAAGAAUUAAGAUUUAACGGAGAAACAAUCCAAGAAAUAUAUUCUGAAGAUAAAAAAAAAAAUAAUAUAAAAAACUUCUUAGAUAAAAUGAAAAAUAAAAAAAAUAGUGAUGAUGUUUCUAAAAAGGAAGAUAAAAAAAAUGAACUUUUACAAAGAAAAGAUAAAAAAGAUAAGUUAAAAAUGAAAUUUACUGAUAUUUUAUAUGCUGGGGCAUUAGGACAAUUUUUUCACCGCAGCAAAAAUAAUUUUGCAAAUUCAUUAUCACCUCAAAUUAAAGGGGAAAAUACUUUUGAACCAUCUAAUAAUUUAAAUAAUUUAGAUAAGUUUAAUUUGGAUGAUUAUAAAAUAUCUAAUAUAAAGGAUAAAUAUGAAGAAAAUUUAUCACAUAAAUCAAAGGAUAAAGAAAAAAUAUAUUAUAAUAAAAGAGGAUUAGAAACAGAACUAUAUAACAAUUUCAAUGAAAAAACUAAUGAUGAUAAAAAUAUAUGUUGUAAUUCAAUUAAAGAAAAGUUAGAUAUCAUAAAAGAUGAUAAAAAAUAUAAUGAAUUAACUAAUAAAAAAGAGAAAACCAAUUUCCUGAGAUUUUCAAAUGCUUUAAAUGAUAAAAAUAACCCAAAAAAGAGUGAUAAAUAUGAUAAAAAUAAAAAUUUAUAUAUAGAUGAUCCUUGUAGUUCAAAGCAUAGUUAUAUUAAUGACAUAAACGAAAAAAAAAAUGAUGUUUUCAAAAAUUCUAAUAGCGUAAGAAAUAUUAUUAUAAAUAGGAAUUAUUACAAAAAUAAAUAUGAUAAAAAUUUAGGUGCGAAAAAUGAAAAAAUGAAUGAAAUUGAAAAUAAAAGAACUUUAUAUGCACAAUCAUCCUAUAAAAAUGGUUCUGGAAGUGACAAUAAGACGAAAAGUUUACAAAAUAUCAAAAAAAGGGAAGAAAAAAAGAAACAAAAAUUUAGAAGUAAAGAAAAGAAAAUAGAGGAUAAAAAACAAAAGGAAUUAGAAAUAAAAAUAGAUGAAACGUUAAGUAGAAAGAUGAUUGAGAAUAAUGAAUUAAAGAAUCAUGAUGAAAUUGAUGAAGAAUAUAUAGUAACACCCUUUUAUAUAAAAAGUAAAAUAGAUAAGGUUUUAAAGAAUAGUGAAAUUUUUGAGAGAUCUGCUAGAGCAACAUUUCAACAAUUUGAUAUUAAAAAUAAAAAUUUUCUACAUUUUAGUGAGAUUGAAUCAUUGAUACAAAAAUUAUGUUAUAAUUUGGAGCUUCCUCCUGUUGAUAAAAAUAUAUUAUCUAUAGUAUACAAAGACUAUGAUAGUAGUAAGAACAAUAGUAUGAAUUAUACAGAUUUUCGCCAAAUGUAUUGGGAUUUGUUAAAGCAAAUAAAAAAAAAAUAUUAUCCUACUAAGAAUUUUAAAAUAAAAAGAAAUUGUAUUAUAAGUAGAAAGAAAUUAGGUGGAUAUGAUUAUUCUUCUAUUUAUAACUAUUUAAGCUUCAAAAAAAUACUUGGAUGUGGUGCUUUUGGUGAAGUACAUUUAGUUGAAGAUAAUAUAUGCAAACUAUAUAAAGUUGUUAAGAUAUUAAAAAAAAAGAGCAUGAAAAAUGUAAAAAUAAAUGAAGAAAUUAAUGUGUUAAUAUAUUUAGAUCAUCCUAAUAUUAUAAAAAUUUUUGAUGUGUAUGAAAAUGUUGAUUGCACAUAUAUUGUUAUGGAGUUAUGUGAAGGUGGUGAAUUAAUGAAUAAAAUUAAGAACUCCGAAAAAUUUAAUGAAAAAUACAUAAAAAAUAUAAUGUUUCAGAUUUUAUGUGCUAUAGCAUAUAUGCACAGUCAUAAUAUAGCUCAUAAAGACUUAAAACCGGAAAAUAUUUUAUUUAAAGCAAAGGAUGAUGACACUUUAAAAAUUAUUGAUUUUGGUUUAGCAGAAUUGAUUAAUAAGUCUGAAGGAGUUAGUAAAACAGCUGCAGGAACUGUUUUAUAUAUGGCACCAGAAGUAUUUAAAAAAAAUUUUACAAUAAAAUGCGAUAUAUGGUCAGCAGGUGUAAUUAUGUUUUUUUUAUUCACAAAAAACUUACCAUUUUGUGGAAAUACUUAUGAAGAAGUAAAACAAAGUAUAUUUAAAGAUGAACCAGAUUAUAAAAGUUUAAAACCCCAAUUAUCUCAAUCAGCUUUACAUAUAUUAAAGCUUAUGUUAGAAAAAGAUUAUAAUAAAAGGCCUAUGGCAGCAGUGCUUUUGCACCAUCCGUGGUUUCAGGGUUAUCUUGAUCCAAUUGAAAUUUCUCCUAGCACGCUGAAUAAUAUAAAGUCAUAUAUGAAACAUUCAAAUAUAAGAAACAUUAUAAUUAAUAUAAUGGCACACGAAUUAAGUAUAAUAAAUAAGCAUAUCAAAUAUAUCAAUGAAAUAUUUUGUAAAAUAGAUACAAAUCAUAAUGGAUCACUUAGUCAUAGAGAAAUUUAUACUGUUCUGUCAAGUGCAGGUAUAAAAAAAUGGGACAUUAAUAGAAUUGUUCAAGCUUUAGAUAUUAAUGAUAGAGGGAAUAUAACUUACACAGAAUUUAUUGCUGGAUGCUAUAGAUGGAAAAAUAUAGAACCAACGUUUUUAAAGGCAGCUUUUAAUAAGAUAGAUAAGGAUGAGGAUGGUUACAUCAGUAAAAGUGACAUUGUUACAUUGGUUCGAGAUAAGGAUAUAGACAGUAAUGAUAUUGAUAAUUUUUUAUCAUCUGUGUAUAGCAUAAAAAAGGAUAUACCUAAGGACAAGAAAAUAAAUAAGGUAAGUUUUGAAGAUUUUAAGGAAUAUAUGUUAAGUACAUUUUAG